CGUUUACCUUGUCUUUUGUACUGAGAAGUUACCCAUUGUCGCCCAUCCAAAAUGCUGUUCGAGUCUAUGAUCACAGCGUUCGCGUUAGCUCUCUGCGCUUCUGCUAGAGCUGUCCCAAAUCCCGUCGAGGUUUUCAAGCGUGCGCAUACGCCCGGCGUCGUCAUUAACAAGUGCUCAAAGCCUGGUGUCCUUGCAUUAGCCUAUGACGAUGGCCCGUAUCAGUACACCUCGUCACUAGUAGAUACUCUGGACAAGGCAGGCGUAAAAGGAACCUUCUUUUACACUGGCACUUUAUACGGUUGCAUCUACAACCAGAAGGCCGCUGUUAAGAAGGCCUAUGACUCUGGACACCAAGUUGCAUCUCACACGUGGACCCACCCCCAUAUGGGAAGCAUGAGUGCUGCCCAAAUAAAGAGCGAGAUGGAGAAGGUUGAGCAAGCAUUUGUCAAUAUCUUCGGCAGAAAACCCCAGUACAUGCGUCCUCCAUACCUCGAGACCGGAGGACAAUUCUUGAGCGUCAUGAAGGAGAUGAACUACACUGUCAUUACUGAUGAUGUAGAUGCUGGUGACUGGAACAACCAAUCUCCGCAGCAGAGCCAGCAGCAGUUCCAACAAGCCGGGGCUGGCGGUAACGGACAUAUCCCGCUCAUGCACGAGACGUACCAGGGCACAGUCACUACUCUGACGAACUGGCUAAUCGACUGGGCCAAGACUAAUAACCUGAAGAUCGUUACAGUUGCCGAAUGCCUCGACGAUGCCAACGGUGCUUACAAGGAGGGAACAUUCCCAAGCAACGGACAAACUUCCUGCUAAAAAGUACUCUGGGCUUUUGAUAAUCGGCGAGGAAUAUCUAAUCCGGCUAUUUAGGAGUUACUGGUCUAGUUUAAAUGUCUUGAUAGUGCUGUCAUGGUAUGAUCGAUUGUAGCUGGCGGACUAUAGCAGACGUCUUGAAAAAGUACACAUAUUGAUAUUUAAAUUUUAACCGAUAAUCUAUCUACUUGAUAUCUUAGGUAGUUAACUAAGGUACCUAGUCAAACAUGUUAGUACCC